UGAGAUUUAUUAAUUAAAUAUCGAUUUUAGUAGCAAACGCCAAAGUAGCCAAUUUACAAUGAUAAGGACUUGGAUUUAUAUUUUGUUUUACAUGAGGGCUCAAUAAUGUUACAGAAGACUAGCAAACUGAGAACCCAACUGGUUGGAAACUAUGGAGCUAGUGAGCAUAGUUUUGUAUCUCAUGUUAACUUUCACUUUGAUUCAAGCUUUCCUGUCACUUGUACGAGGAUCCAAAACAUGUCGAAAGCUUCCGCCAGGACCCGCCACGCUGCCAGUGGUCGGCAACCUUCUCAAGCUGGGGAACAAGCCCCAUAAGUCCCUGGCCGAGUUAGCAAAAACUCAUGGCCCAAUCAUGAGUUUGAAACUCGGCCAAAUUACCACAGUUGUCAUUUCUUCAUCAACCAUGGCUAAAGAAGUUCUUCAAAAGCAAGACCUCGUCUUCUCCAACCGAUCCUGCCCCAACUCAGUUCACGCCCAAGCCCACGACCAAUACUCGAUGGUUUGGCUGCCCGUUGCAGAGCGGUGGCGCAGCCUCCGAAAAAUCAUGAACUCCAAUAUGUUUUCGGGCAACAGACUCGACGCUAACCAAAGCCUACGGCAGCAGAAGGUGCAGGAGCUCAUUUCCUACGUCGGAAAGUGUUGCCAGGAAGGUGUUGCGGUGGACAUAGGCCGCGCAGCUUUCACAACUUCCCUGAAUUUGCUGUCAAACACGGUGUUUUCGGUGGAUUUAGCCGACCCAAGUCAGGAUUCAGCGAAAGAGUUCAGGGACUUGGUUUGGAAUAUCAUGGUAGAGGCUGGAAAGCCCAACUUGGUAGAUUACUUCCCUGUUCUUGCGAAAAUCGAUCCACAGGGUAUAAGGGGUCGGAUGAGAGUUCACUUUGCCAAGAUAUUACAGCUUUUUGGUCGAUUGAUCGAUGAACGAUUAGAGUUGAGGAAAUUGAGGAAGACGAGUGAAGAAAACGAUGUCUUAGAUAUCCUGCUUGAUAUCAUUGACCAGAACAGUGAAGAUAUUGAUAGAAUUCACAUGGAGCAUUUGUUCUUGGACGUGUUUGCAGCAGGGACAGAUACAACAUCAAGUACAGUAGAGUGGGCAAUGGCAGAGUUACUCCGAAAUCCGGAAACUUUAAACAGAGCCAAAGCCGAGCUUGAACAAGCUAUUGGCAAAGGGAAACCAAUAGAAGAGUCUGGCGUUUCACAUUUACCUUAUUUGCAAGCAAUUGUUAAAGAGACCUUGAGGAUACACCCGCCAGUUCCAUUUUUAAUCCCUCGCAAGGUUGAAAGUGAUGUUGAAGUCCGUGGCUACAUAGUCCCGCAAGGGACACAAGUGUUAGUAAAUGUCUGGGCUAUUGGCCGCGACCCAAACAUAUGGCUGAACCCAACCUCAUUUAUGCCUGAGAGGUUCUUGGGCUUGGAAAUUGAUGUUCGCGGUCGGGACUUUGAGCUAAUUCCAUUCGGUGCAGGGCGGAGGAUUUGUCUUGGGUUACCCCUAGCAAUAAGGAUGAUUCCAGUGAUGUUGGGUUCGCUCAUAAACUCGUUUGAUUGGAAGCUUGAAGGUGGAAUUGCACCAAAAGACUUGGACAUGGAAGACAAGUUUGGCAUCACCUUACAAAAGGCUCAACCUCUAUGCGUUGUUCCAAUCCCCAUGUGACAAUUAGUUGUCUGUCCCUCUUUUCCCUUUGAUGAUCCACAAUUUUAUUUUAUUUUUUUACUAUCCUUUUCUCUAGCUCUUAAUUGGAAGCCUAAUUGAUGUGUAUGUGUACUUCUCAUAUAUAUAUAUGUAGUAGGAAGCUUGAAGGUGGAAUUGCACCAAUGGACUUGGACAUGGAAGAAAAGUUUGGCACCACCUUACAAAACGCUCCAUGUGUUGUUCCAAUCCCCAUGUGACAAUUAGUUGUCUGUCUCUCUUUUCCCUUUGAUGAUCCACAAUUUUUUUUUUUUUUUUAACUGUCCUUUUCUCUAGCUCUUAAUUGGAAGCCUAUUUGAUGUGUA